GAUAUUCAGAGUCAGACGUGGAAUAUAGUUGCGGCCGGUUGUACACGUGCGCUGUUUCACAUUUCCAAAUAUUUCCUUUGAUAAGCAUAGUAUUGUAUUGUAAUACGUACUGGCAGAAGUUAUUUUCUCAGUUAUUUAAUAUUUGAUACCAACGAAGGGAAAAAAGAUUCUUCUAAGAAUGGAUACUUCUAUGUCUGGAAGCCAAAUCCGCAAGGCUUUUAUUGAUUUCUUUAUCAAUAAAGGUCAUAAAUAUGUCCAUUCCUCAUCAACUAUACCUCUGGAUGAUCCAACAUUACUCUUUGCCAAUGCUGGCAUGAAUCAAUUUAAACCAAUCUUUUUAGGGUCUGUUGAUCCAAAUUCAGACAUGGCUCAAUAUGUGAGGGUGGUCAACACACAGAAAUGUAUUAGAGCUGGUGGUAAGCAUAAUGACUUGGAUGAUGUUGGAAAGGAUGUAUACCAUCACACCUUCUUUGAAAUGAUGGGAAACUGGUCCUUUGGUGAUUAUUUCAAAAAAGAGAUAUGUGCUUGGGCUUGGGAACUUUUGACAGAGGUGUUCAAACUACCAGCUGAUAGAUUAUAUGUCACUUAUUUUGGUGGAGAUUCUGCAUCUGGGCUGGAACCAGACUUGGAAUGCAAGAACAUUUGGUUGAAUUUAGGAGUACCAGAGUCUCAUGUCUUGCCUGGAAGCAUGAAAGAUAAUUUCUGGGAAAUGGGAGAGACAGGUCCUUGUGGGCCAUGCUCUGAAUUACAUUUUGAUAGAAUUGGAGGAAGGGAAGCAGCACAUCUUGUGAACAUGGAUGAUCCUGAUGUAUUGGAAAUUUGGAAUUUGGUGUUCAUACAAUUCAACAGAGAAAGUGAUGGUUCCUUGAAAUUAUUACCCAAAAAGCACAUUGAUUGUGGGCUGGGCCUGGAAAGACUAGUUUCAGUCAUUCAAAAUAAAAGAGCAAAUUAUGAUACAGAUUUAUUUAUGCCUUUGUUUAAAGCUAUUGAAAAUGGUACUGGUGUGCGGCCUUACUCUGGAAAAGUAGGGGCCGAGGACAGUGAUGGUAUUGAUAUGGCAUAUCGAGUUCUGGCUGAUCAUGCAAGAACUUUGACCAUUGCAUUAUCAGAUGGUGGCUGCCCAGAUAAUACAGGCCGAGGAUAUGUACUCCGCAGAAUCUUAAGAAGAGCUGUAAGAUAUGCUUCUGAAAAACUAAAUGCUAAACCAGGCUUCUUUGCAUCCUUGGUACACACUGUUGUUGAAAUUUUAGGAGAUGUAUUUCCAGAAAUUAAAAAAGACCCAGAUUCUAUUAUUCAGACCAUUAAUGAAGAAGAAAUUCAAUUUUUAAAGACAUUAACACGAGGACGAAAUUUGCUUAACAGGACAAUAGAGAAGCUUAAUAAUUCCAAAGUAGUGCCAGGCGACGUUGCAUGGCGCCUUUAUGAUACUUAUGGUUUCCCAAUUGAUCUCACACAAUUAAUGUGUGAAGAAAAGGGUUUGACCAUUGAUAUGGUUACUUAUGAAAAGGCUAAGGCAGAAUCCUUGUUAGCUUCCCAAGGAAAAGCAGCGGGACAGGAAGAUGUAUUGGCAUUAGACAUCCAUGCCAUCAGCCAUCUGCAAGAGACUAAAGUACCAGUUACCGAUGAUUCUCCUAAAUAUAACUAUGUAGCUACAUCAACUGAUAAAGAUACAGUUUACAACUUUGCUCCAGUUACUGCUACAAUUCUUGCUUUAAGGCAGAACAAACAAUUUGUAAAUGAAGUAAAGACAGGAGAAGAAUGUGGGAUUAUAUUAGACCGCUCUAACUUCUAUGCUGAGCAAGGUGGCCAGAUAUUUGAUGAAGGUUAUAUGUUGAAAACUAAUGACGAAAGUGUUGAAUUUACUGUUAAAAAUGUACAAGUUAAAGGUGGAUAUGUGCUUCAUACUGGUAUUGUUGUUGAGGGCACACUUAAAAUUGGUGAUACUUUAUCAUUGCACAUUGAUACUGAAAGAAGAAGACUUGUGAUGAAUAAUCACACAGGUACCCAUGUACUUAACAAUGUAUUACGAAAAGUACUUGGAAAUGACUCAGAUCAGCGCGGAUCUCUUGUAAUGCCAGAUCGUCUAAGGUUUGACUUUACAAAUAAAGGCCCCAUGACUACAAAGCAAAUAAAGGACACAGAGGAUCAAAUUAAAAAGAUUAUCAAUGACAAUAAAACUGUUUAUGCUAGGUACACUAAAUUAAGUGACGCCAAAAAGAUAAAUGGACUAAGAGCCAUGUUUGAUGAGCACUAUCCAGAUCCAGUCCGUGUGGUGUCUGUCGGCAUACCAGUUGAAGAACUUGAGAAAAAUCCUGAUGGUCCUAAUGGUUUUGAGACUUCUGUGGAAUUUUGUGGUGGAUCUCAUUUACACCAAACAGGACACAUUGGUGAAUAUGUCAUUGUUAGUGAAGAAGGCAUUGCAAAAGGUAUUCGAAGAAUUGUAGCCUUAACUGGCCCUGAGGCAAUAAAAGCUGUAAAUAAGUUGAAUGUUCUUGAAAAUGAAGUUAAUAACCUCACUAAUUUUAUCAAAGAACAAGGCGACAAGAUAAAUCAAAAGGAUGUAGUUAAGAAAAUUGUGGAUCUUACAAAUGAUAUCUCUCAUGCUCAAAUAUCUUAUUGGAAAAAAGACGAACUAAGAACUACACUUAAAAAUCUUAAAAAGCAGCUUGAUGAUAAGGAGAGAGCUACUAGGGCUGAAACUAUAAAUCAAGUUAUUGAGAAAGCGAAAGAAUUGUGCCUUGAGGAAAGAAAUUCGAACAUAAUCAUUGCUGAAUUAAAAGCAUAUGGCAAUACAAAAGCUCUGGAUGGUGCUUUAAAGCAAGUGAAACAACUAUGCCCUAAUGCAGCAGCUAUGUUUUUUUCUGUUGAUGAUGAAACUAAUAAAAUAUAUUGUCUAGCUGCUGUACCUAAAAGUGCAGUGGAUAAAGGCCUUCUGGCUUCUGAAUGGGUACAGGCUGUUGUGCCUGUUAUGAAAGGAAAAGGAGGUGGAAAAGCUGAAUCCGCACAAGCUUCUGGAAGUAAUCUAAAAUGUUUACAAGAAGCUAAGAAAAUUGCUCGCGAUUACGCUACUUCGAAACUCGCUUAAAAUAAGAUCUGCAAUUGCCAUUUUUUUUAAUUAAAUAUACCUAAAAGCCUACUUGUUUUAACAACAUACA